AUGUCUGUUCUCGCCCUACUGGCCAUGCUACCCCGACAUGCUUCCGACAACACGCUGGUGCCCCGGUUGACCAGCUCAGUGCAACUUGACAUCGAUCCUCUCCCCAAAGCACAACGAGAAGGUCUAAUCGCAGUCUCCGUAAUGGCCUUUCUCUCCCUCGUUGCCACAGCAUCUCUUCUCAUCUUCAUCACCUACCGCCUCAUAUUCUGGCGCACCAACUAUGCCCGAUACAUCGGCUACAACCAAUACAUCAUCCUCAUCUACAAUUUGAUCCUGGCAGAUCUGGUGCAAUCUUUGGCAUUCAUUCUCUGCGUCAAGUGGAUCAUCAAGAACAAGAUUCAAUCCGGGACGGCUGAAUGUUUUCUGCAGGGGCUCUGGCUGCAGAUCGGCGAUCCAGGCAGCGGUCUCUUCGUGCUCGCAAUCGCCUUCCACACCUUUCUGCUGGUUGUCUGUGGUUGCAAGAUGCCCUACAAGGCUUUUGUUGCCUUUGUCAUUGGAGUAUGGGCGUUCGUGGCGCUCAUCGUGGUAAUCCCACUCGCCACGCAUGGUGCCGAUGUAUUUGUGCCGUCGGGCGCCUGGUGCUGGAUCAACGAGGACUAUGAAGUCAUCCGGCUGUGGACUCACUACCUGUGGAUUUUUCUCGCUGAGUUCGGCACAGUUUGUCUCUACGCGGUCAUGUACGUGCAGCUGCGCAAGCAGAUUGCGCGAUCCGCUAUCCUGGGUAACAGCCAGCUAGAGAGCUUAAGGCGGUUGCGCCGCGUCAUUGGAUAUAUGACCAUCUACCCUAUUGUUUAUAUUGUCCUGUCGCUACCGCUGGCGGCAGGACGCAUGGCCACGGCAAAUGGAAACACACCCAACAUCACAUUUUUUUGCUGCGCUGGGGCUAUCAUCACUAGUUCCGGCUUGGUCGAUGUGAUUCUGUAUACUUUGACCCGCCGCAAACUCAUCGUCGAUUCGGAGCCCAGUCAUGACCGCUCAUACAACAAGAAUGCUAGCAGCAAGGACCGGCGUGGCGACGUCCUGAUGACCACCAUCACCGCUGAGCCCCGGCUGGACCAGAAACCAGAUGCCCAUGAGGAUGAAAUCCAUUGGAAUGCCUCGACGGACAAUAUCGUGCAGCCGGCCCUUGAAAUGGCUCCGGUCGGCAAGGUAUACCAAAAGACCACGAUUGAGAUCACUCAUGAGCGUGCGUAUUCGUCAGGAGAAAGCCAGCGAUCGAGCAAAGAGUCCUCGCAUCCACCGGGCAUUGCGCGGCGAUAA